UCUUCGACAUCGGCGGCUCGUGGCACGGAAAAUAGGAAAAACCGCGGAAAAUUCAACAUCGCCCCGUCCACAUACACAUACACAGUGACAAACGACAGUGUGUUCCAUAUGUGUAAUCAAAUCGUUCGGAGCCCCGCCGUUUAUAUAUAGAAAAUUUCAACGCACGCAGCUCUGAGGGAAAACUAAAAUACGAAAAUAAAUUACGAAAAUCGUGGCCACUUUUCAGAUAAAAACCAACCGAAAAAAAAUUAAAAAUGUAUAGAAUCGCAUUUUCCACGGGCUCGCUUUAAUCGCAGUUAUUAUCGUUAUUAUUAUUCGCAUUACGCAUACGCCCCGUAUGCCGUUCGGUGUGUUUGUGUCUGUGACCACUGUGUCUGUGUGUGGUGAAGAGCGAAAAGAAAAGCUCUGCUUGCGUCGCAGUCAACUUUGCGACUCCACCCUAAAUUGUAUAUCAAUUUUGAAGGGGUUUUCCACGUUCUUUUGACCAAAAAAAAACGGGGACAAAUGCCAUAAAAAUAGUCCUUACAAGCAAUACCAGUGAGAAACGAAUCGAAUCGACAGAGAAAACAACAAGAAAAAAAAACACAAGGAAAAUGCGAGAAAAAUGUUUGGUUUAUGCGAAAAGUUGAUGACACAUUUCGCUGUCAUUUUGACCGCAUUUUUCCUCUCCCAGCCGCUGUUGUUGUUGCUGAUUUGCGGUCCGCAUGGCGGCACCACCCCCUCGACCUCCGCCCAUUGGGCGGCGGAGGCCUCGGCGGCGGAUGAAGCCGUCGGCAAGUGGGCAACCCAGUUUGGUGACGAGCUGUUCGCGCUGGCGCAGAAGAUCACCAAGUCGCAGGAGAUCAAGGAGAAGUACAAGGAGUACAAUGCCCGCGUGGAGCUGAAGAACGGCACCGAACUGAUCAAGUCGAUUACGAAAAAUGUGGGCAGGAUGCUGGCCAGAAAGAUGGAUGCGGUGCGGUGCAUCCAGGAGCGGGCCGAAUACGUUAACGAGAACUUUGAGUUCAAUCUCACCUAUGCGCUGCAGAACUUCACCUAUAUAUCUAGCAAAUAUUCGAAGUUCAAUGGUAAUAGUUCCGAGAAACUGCAACCGAAUGAGGAGGAGUACGAGUGGAUGUAUCGGGAUAUGGAAUUGAAUCCGGAUACACACUUCUACAAUACGCCGGUGGAUACGGAGCACAGUUCGGUGCAUGUGCCCUCGAACAUUUGGGAUCGUUCGAAACGGGUGCUAAAGACCAUUAUGUGGUCCGAGCAGCUGGACGAGGUCUUCCGGCAGAACUACCAAUCCGAUCCGGCCUUGUCAUGGCAAUACUUCGGCUCCGAUACGGGUAUCCUGCGACAUUAUCCGGCUGCCCAGUGGACGGAUACAAAACCAAAUCCCGAUGAUGCUGACACUUACGAUUGCCGGAAGAGAUCCUGGUAUAUUGAAACGGCCACCUGCUCGAAGGAUGUUGUUAUUCUGCUGGAUCGUUCGGGUUCGAUGACGGGUUUUCGGCAUCACAUUGCCAAGUUCACAAUUCGCAGUAUCUUGGAAACAUUUUCCAACAAUGAUUUCUUCACCAUUUUGCAGUAUUCGAAUGAGGUGAAGGACAUUAUACCCUGUUUCAGUGGAGCCCUCGUGCAGGCCACACCCGAAAAUAUCGAGGUCUUUAACCAGCACAUCGAAAGCCUACCACUUCCCGAGGGCUAUGCUAAUCUUACGUUAGCCUACGACUCAGCCUUCCAGCUGCUGCAAAAGUACUAUGACAGUCGUCAUUGUAGCACCAAUUCCACCUGCAACCAGGCCAUAAUGCUGGUAACCGACGGAGUAGCGGGAAAUACCACCGAAGUCUUUCAGAAGUACAACUGGGGAAACGGCGAGAACGGCACCUCGCGGAUGAACACUAGAAUUUUUACCUAUCUGCUGGGCAAGGAGGUUACCAAGGUGCGCGAAAUCCAGUGGAUGGCCUGUCUGAAUCGGGGAUACUACUCGCAUGUCCAAACUUUGGAUGAGGUCCACGAGGAGGUGCUCAAGUACGUUGAUGUCAUUGCCACGCCCCUAGUGCUGCAGAACGAACAGCAUCCGCCCACCUGGACGCACGCCUUCACCGACAAGACGUACGAUCCGAAAACCUCGGUUGAGCGACGACCUCGAUUAAUGAUUUCUGUGGGGGUGCCCGCAUUUGAUCGCUUUUAUCGCCACGCCAACAGCACCAAUCCGAGGGCACGUUUGUUGGGAGUCGCUGGAACGGACGUGCCCGUGGAAGAUAUAGACAAGCUGACACUACCCUACAAGCUGGGUGUCAAUGGCUACUCCUUUGUGGUGUCCAACAAUGGAUAUGUUCUGCUGCAUCCCGAUCUGCGUCCCAUUGGUACCCACGGCAAAAUGAAUCCGAACUACAACAGCAUCGACUUCACCGAGGUGGAGCAUCUCUUCGAGGACCAAAGUCCUCGUGAGCCAGGGGAAUCCAUUCUAAAUAUUCGCAAUGCCAUGGUGCGACAUCAAAGCAAUGAGUUCAAGAGCAUAUCCGUGAAGUUCCACUACGACAAGAUGCGACGCGUUUCCGAGGAGAAACAAGACUACUUCUUUGCCCCCUUGCCAAACACUCCAUUCACCUUGGGCAUCGUUAUGCCCACCGAAUAUGGCAAAACUUGGAUUAAGGUGGGCGAGGAGGUGGACAAGAACAAGCACAUGAAGAUAAAUAUAUCGGAUUUCUUUAUGGGUGACAAUUGGAAGGUUCAUCCAGAUUGGGUUUACUGCAAGUAUCAUUAUCUGGAGGGUCAUGAGUUCAAAACACCUGAGGAUGAGUUACGUGAGUUUCUGGGCAAGAUGAUGAACGAUUGGAAGUGGCCAGAGCAAUAUGCCGAGGAUGAAUCUGAUUGGGAUGACAAAGAUGAACUAAACUGUGGCCGCAAAACCCUGGGUGAUGAUGCCUACUAUUGCAACAAGGAGCUGGUUAACCUGCUCAUCUUCGACGCCAAGGUGACGAACUCCAGUUACGGCGUUUGGCGAUUUGAGAGCAACGAGGAGCGCCAGUUGAUAAAGCGAUUCGGUGCUGAUCUGCGGUUUGUGGCCACCAUGAGUGGCCUGACCCGCUGGCAGUUCAUUUUCGGGGAGGUUGAGGUGGACACGGAUCGGGAAUUCGGGGAUUACCACACCACGGCCAUCGACGAGACCUGGUACAAGAGUGCAAUCCUGCAGCAUCAUGAGGACCGAUCGGAGAGCUUCGUCUACUCGGUGAAGCACUACGACGAUGAAAUGGAGGAUAGCGAGGUCAAGGUCACCGCCUCGCACGCCAUCUUUCCAAGGGAUGGCGGCAAGGAGGCUCCGGCCUGCGUGGUGGGCUUCCAGUUUUCCCACGCUCGCAUGUGGGAGCGCUUCUUCAACAUUACCGCUGUGGAUCAUUGCAACCAUUGCCAGUCCAUCUGCACGGACGACGAAGUGGAUUGUGUAGUGAUUGACAAUAAUGCGUACGUAGUGAUUGGACAGAAUAUCAACACCACUGGCAAGUUCUUUGGGGAGUUCCACGGCGAUGUGAUGUCUGCGAUGGUGGAAAAGGGCAUAUUUCUGAGCAUAGAGGUCUAUGACUACCAGGAACAGUGCAAGGAGGAGCCAAAGGCAGGUAGCGAUGGCCACGGCCUCUUGCAUCCCCUUCGGCUGUUGAGUUUCGGCUGGAAGUGGCUGGUGGGACGCCUUUUCUUUCAGUACCAGAGGAUUCAGUGGUGGGCUGAUGGAGCACCAUUUAUGGAGUAUACGGAUGAGAUCGAAGACGAGUACGUGGCCGUUGGCGAUGGUGGAAAAGCCUCGGCUGCCAAGCCAAAAGACGAUAGCGACGAUGAGAACGCUAUGUUCGAUGAACCCGAACCGGAUCCCAUCUAUAAGGCCUGUGACAUGCGAUCCACUCUGUACGCCCUGCAGCCCGCUGAAUUGGCGAACAUCAAUGACGUCGUGGAGGCGCCCUCAACAAGACCUUUUUGGGUCAAGAAGAUACCCAACUCGAAUCUGGUCCUUGUGGUGGUCAAUGUCCUGAUGCCAUCGCGCAGCGUUCGCCUGACCACCGAGCCCCAACGGAUGGAAUACGAUAAGGAGUUUCCCUGCUAUAAGCUCAACAUGAGCUUCUACGAACGGCGACGCAUCGAAGAGUGCUACACGGAGCACGAGGAUGAGGAACUGUACACCUAUUGCGGCAAUGCCUCGCGGCUGGGUUUAACUCUUCAGCUGCUGCCGCUGACCAUAAUUUUAAUGUUUUACCUGACGCACAGCUUUAUGCGUUAGGGCUAAUGUACACAAAACUAUAUAUUAUACAAAUAUUAUGUACUAUACGCGACUACGAUCGGUUUGUUGUUUAUACAUAAAUAUAUAUAUUUUUGUUUUCUAUAGAUUGUAAACUAUGCCGUAGUCCAAUACUUGUCGAAUGUUUAACAACAACGCAAACCAAACCAAAACUGGCACAAUCUUCGGUACUUAAAACCACUAAAUAAGCAAGAACAAUUUCAACUCUUAGACUUACAAACUGCGCCAAAAUGUUAUGAAACUGGGUCUUACUUUAUUUUACAAACGUAGUGAAUUGAUGAAGGCUGCUGCUAAACGAGGAGGCAACUUAAAGACCAACCAUUUAAGGAGAAAACCCUUUUCACACGAUGAGUUUCCUAGUCCCAAGCUGCUCCUUCCACAGUUUCUUAGAAUAUUAAUGAAAGUAGCGUUUUUUUAUAUACUAACGCCUAUAGAUAAAAAAAAAACAACGUUUCACUGACUAUUUUGAUAGAUUAAUAUGGUGCAACCAAUGCCAAAUAAAUUAGCAAAAAUUAGUAAAGGUGAACAAAAAUAAUUCGAAUGACAAUUAUUUUUGUAAUUUUAUAAAACUUAGUUGAUUUUUUACAACAAUGAAAACUUAUAAAUAUGAUAAUACGAUGAAAUGAUAAAAUAACAAAAACAAGACAAAAACACUUAAUUUUAUUAGGGCAAUUUUGUCAUUUUGUUGCAGCCGAAAAGAAAAUAUGGUUUUCUUAUUUGUACACACCCAAAACGGUUUACAACAGAUAAUACUUAAUCUUAAUAUGGCAACAUUUUUUAUACGUUUUUUUCUUCUUUGUAAAGUGUAUAUUAUUGAGUAUAGUGUUUUUAAAACGGCAGAGUUAACGCACAGAUUUAUAAAGACAAAAUUUAGGACCACCUGUAAAGUAUGCAAUACUUGUUCAAUGCUGAGUUUGAAAACCCAUCUAUAAUUUACUGCUCUAUUCAGGCCUUACACUUAGUCAAAAAAACUUUAGCAAGAUUUACACAGAAUAUGGAACGGAAAUCCUAACCUAAAAUGAAUACCAAAACCUAAUUGCCUUUGUAUCGUAUUUCGAAUGUGGAAACAAUUUAUGAACUUUAUGAAUUUAUGCAUAGAAACCAAAACCAAAAUAUGUAAUAUUGUAAAGAAGACAAGUUAAAUUAAGAUUAUUUUCAAGGAAAUGAAAUCAAAAUGAAAUGGCGUUUUUAAAGCUGAGCUAAGAUGCUAUGAUGAAUGAAAAAUGGAAUGAAAACAGUUAACUAUUAAAUGUAAUUUUUUAAACAAACUGAAUUACUAAUACAACAUUUAUUUUUUGGAGUGUUUAAACGUUGUAAGAUGUAUAAAAAAUAUUAAAUAACAAAAUCUAGUCAUAUUGGUAUACGUGGAUUUGCAAAUUCAUUAACCAAUUAAUGUUCAUCUCUAUGAGUUUACGACUCUUUUUAAUCACGUUUUAUUCAAUUUCGACUCGUAUACACAAUGUAUGUAUAUGACAUGUCCACUAAACCUAAAAAACGAUAAAAAUUUUAAAUUUCCUUAGUAAAAUAAAUGAACUAAUCGUC